AUGUCAGAUAUUGAUUAAUGGAUAGAAACACUAAAAAAUGGAGAGAUCCUGAAGGAAACGGACGUCAAAAUAUUAUGUAACAAGGCAAAGGAUAUACUAAACAAUGAGGAUAAUACUGUAAAAUAAAUUACUAUAUAGAUUUGUGGAGACAUUCAUGGAUAAUUUUAAGAUUUAAUGGAAUUAUUUAAGGUAGGAGGAGAUGUUCCAGAAACUAACUACUUAUUCUUGGGAGAUUUUGUGGAUAGAGGAUAUAAUAGCGUGGAGACUUUUUUAUUACUAUUGGCUUUGAAAGUGAGAUAUCCAGAUUAGAUUACAUUAAUUCGAGGAAAUCAUGAAUCUAGACAAAUUACUUAAGUAUAUGGAUUUUAUGAUGAAUGUUUGAGAAAAUACAGUACUUUGAAUGUUUGGAAGUAUUGCACAGAAGUUUUUGAUUAUUUGGCAUUGGCAGCAGUAGUCAAUGACAACAUUUUCUGCAUAUAUGGUGGAUUGAGUCCCUACAUCAAAACAAUUGAUGAAAUUCGAAUCAUUAAUAGAAAAUAGGAAGUGCCUCAUGAAGGUGUUAUGUGUGACUUGAUGUGGUCUGAUCCUGAUGAAAUUGAAGGAUGGAGUCAGAGUGCUAGAGGGGCAGGUUUAGUUUUUGGAGCAGAUGUUGUCAAGGAAUUUAAUCGUAGAAAUGGCAUUUAUUUGAUUUGUAGAGCAUAUCAACUAGCAAUGGAAGGAUUCAAACUGAUGUUUGAUAAAGCGGUAGCUGAAAAAUUCAGCACGUCAAAAGCACUUUUCACUAAACAUUAGCCUAUAAUUUAAUGCAAUCAUUACUAUAAGCAUUAUCAGAACUUAUUCCACAUUAUUUACAAGCAAUUGAUAAACAAGAGCCUCAAUCUUGAUAUCUGGGUUUGUAAUCUGUAUUACCAAGAUAAAAUAAAAUAACACUAGCCUAUAUGUUGGUUACAAAUUACUCAGGUAAGUUACAGAUGUAUAAUACUGCUUGACUAGUAUCAGUAUAAGUAGUAUUCUGGACAAAUGCUAAUUCAACAUUUAUACAACUUGCACAAUAUGUUUUACUUUUAUUAUAAUUGGAAGCGAACUGUCAACGAAUACGAAGUACAUUAUGCUAAUUAUAACCAGAUUUAUUGGAAAGUUGAUAAAAAUACUUCAAGCAGUAGGAUAAGAAAUAUACUUUUAUUCUACUUAAUCAUUUCCAUAUUUAUGAAAAGGUUGUUAGCAAUCUACGAAAAUUAUUAUUAAGGAAGCAUCUAAUAGAAUAAAGUUGCCAUGGUGUAGAACUAAAGUCUGUGUAGAAUAUGCGAUAUGCUUGACCGCAUUCAUAACAGGUUAGGUAAUUGUUAUAGGGUAUUUUAAAAAGCAGCAGCAUUAUAGCAGUAAGAAAAAAUAUGCUUUACAUUUAAUUGUUAAAGCACUUAAGCAAUUAUAAUGUUAAUCUAAAUAGUUGCGCUCAAGAAAUAACUUAUAUUACUCCAACAUGAAUUUGAAUUAUGUAAACAUAAUGCUAGCAUGCAUUUUAAAUCAGAGAGCAAUCAUUUUCUAUAUUAAAGUUGA